AUGCUAUCUGUAUACAAGGAGAGCUCGAUCCAAGAGAUCUCAACUCACACCGCGAUAGAGAAAAUGCCCAAAGACCACAAUAAAAAAGACCGCCGCAGACCCAACGAACAUCAUCAUCAUCGUUGGCCGAAUUCCAAAAGGGAAGCGAGACUGAGAGCCGUAGUUCUUCAUAGCGCAAUCCUUUCGGGCAUAAGAGUUUUGUAUAAUGUUAAACUGACGUUCUGGUUCGACAUCUUCAAAGGAAUGGUUUUACUGUUCAUGGGAAGUCCUCUGUCACCUGAGCUAUCUUUCAGAUGUUAUGAAAAACUUACCGGUUCACUUAAAGCUGGAACAAAAGACGAGAUUGUGGACUUAUCUCACGGCAAGCGACUUUGGGAGAUGGCAAAGGAGAAAUACGAGCCAUUGUGGGUUCAAAGUGGGGGCCACUGUAAUCUCGAGACAUUCCCCGAGUACAUUAAGCACUUAAGGAAAUUCGUAAUUGCAAUGGAAAAGCUUUCAUUCUCCAAAAGACCCAAGGCUCGACCCUCUCCUGCCUCCAGCAUUACCGAAUUCAAACACAACAAAAGUUUAAGAUUUAGACAAAGAUAA